GGAGUUCAUACUCUGCCUCAUAAUGCCAAGGUUCACUACAACUAUGCGAAUUUUCUGAAGGACCAAGGUCGGAACAGAGAAGCCAUCUACCACUACAGAACGGCCCUCAGAUUGUAUCCACGCCAUGCAAGUGCCCUGAACAACCUUGGGACACUGACAAGAGACACAGCAGAGGCAAAGAUGUACUACCAGAAGGCACUCCAGCUACAUCCGCAGCAUAACCGGGCUCUUUUCAAUCUGGGGAAUCUCCUUAAGUCCCAGGAGAAAAAAGAAGAAGCUAUCAUGUUACUGAAGGAUUCCAUUAAAUAUGGUCCGGAGUUUGCAGAUGCAUAUUCAAGCUUAGCUUCCUUAUUGGCUGAGCAGGAGAGGUUUAAGGAAGCUGAAGAAAUAUACCAAGCUGGAAUAAAGAACUGUCCAGACAGCUCAGAUUUACACAACAACUAUGGGGUUUUCUUAGUUGAUUCUGGCUUUCCAGAGAAGGCAGUAGCCCAUUACCAACAGGCCAUCAAACUUAGCCCCGGUCAUCACGUGGCCAUGGUGAAUCUGGGGAGACUCUACAGGUCACUGGGAGAGAACAGCAUGGCUGAAGAAUGGUACAAACGCGCCCUGCAGGUGGCACACAAAGCUGAGAUACUGUCACCUUUGGGAGCACUGUAUUACAACACUGGCCGAUACGAUGAAGCUCUGCAGAUUUACCGGGAAGCUGUGGCACUUCAGCCUUCUCAGAGGGAGCUCCGACUGGCACUGGCUCAGGUUUUGGCCGUGAUGGGUCAGACGAGAGAAGCUGAAAAGAUGACCAAUCACAUCGUGUCAGAGGACACUGGAUGCCUUGAAUGUUACCGCCUCUUGUCAGCCAUCUACAGCAAGCAGGAACACCAUGAGAAGGCACUUGAUGUAAUAGACAAGGCUCUCCAGCUGAAACCAAAGGACCCAAAAGUCAUAUCUGAACUUUUCUUCACAAAAGGAAACCAACUAAGAGAGCAGAACCUUCUCGACAAAGCUUUUGAGAGCUAUAAAGCAGCUGUGGAACUAAAUUCAGAGCAAGCACAGGCCUGGAUGAACAUGGGAGGCAUCCAGCACAUCAAGGGAAACUAUGCGUCUGCCAGAGCUUAUUAUGAGAGAGCCUUACAGCUGGUUCCAGAGAGCAAACUGCUGAAGGAAAAUCUUGCCAAAUUGGAUCGCCUGGAAAGACGAUUACAGGAAGUUCGAGAAAAGGAUCAAACGUAGCACUAUUUGACCCAGUCUUCUACGAUAAUGUGGUGCCUCUGAGAGAGGAAAAAGUGAUGGUGACCCUGCUUUCACAUCAGCAGGGGAACAAAUAUUGAAGCUUUCCUCUCAUUCCAAGUUUAGGGUGGCACAUAUGGGGACAUCUGCUGGUAAUCCAGUACUCAAGGACUUGCAUUUCCAGGAAAGAAGAUAAAAGAGCAGAAAGAUCUGAAAGGGAAGGAAAACAACAACUACACAUUUUGCAGAUUUUUGUUUGGUUUAACUCCAGAUUUCUCUUGAUAUAUUUCUAUGCUUUUGCAACCUGGAGAUCUAAUUCCAUUUCUUAGUUUAGACUUUUAUGUUCCAGAAAUAUAGAAGCUUGAAAUGCUGUGAAGGCAGAGCUUCUGUUAUUGAUGGAAUGAGAUAUUUUAAAAUUAUCUGGGGUAAGCCAUUUGGAAAAUUCUGUCAAGAAUUGGCUCCUUUAAUUCUCCAGAACCAGAAAUGAGUAUCUAAUAGUUUUUGUAGAACCUUCCAGAAUAUGUGGGGAAAGGAGCUUUUGUUAAGUGAGCUUUAUCUACUAUCUAUUUAAGGAUAUUACUAGAGCCCUUUUGUGUAUGGAUAUCUUCAUCCCUAGGGGAAUGUCAAGAAGCUUGGUACCCCUAAUUCUUUAUGGAAAUGUUUAAAAUUUUUUAAGUUCAUUACAAGUAUCACUAGAGUAGUGUUUCUACUCUAAAAUUUCAAAAGUGCAUUUGGAAUCAUAAAUGUUCCUGCCUCCAAAUAUAUUGUUAUUUUGGUGGAGAAAAAAAUAGUAUAUUCUACAUAAAAAAAUAUUAAAGAUAUUAACUGAGA